AGUGCAUAGCUACAAGAAGGUUGGCGGUGUUUGAAAAUAUUUUACAACAGAGUAGGAAAAUCAAGAAACUUCUUUUGAGAUGAAGAUAUUUAUGCUCGUGGUUUUCCUUGCGCUCUCCUUCGGAGCACCGAUCAAUGAAGACCAAACUGAUGGAGACUAUUCAACUACAAGUAAAGUAGAAGAUGAGAAGUUCAUUGAGGUUCAUGAUGAACCGGAUGUUGAAGCUGAUUCAAACAAAAUCGAAAAAGAUAAAGAUAUUGUGGAAGGACAGUCCAUAGUGGAGUCUGAUAUAACUGAUCCAAAAGAGGCACCUGAAGAUUCAUUUGAAGAUACAUCCGAUGAUUUGGAAGAUACAUCCGAUGAUUUGGAAGAUGCAUCCGAUGAUUUGGAAGAUGCAUCCGAUGAUUUGGAAGAUGCAUCCGAUGAUUUGGAAGAUGCAUCCGAUGAUUUGGAAGAUGCAUCCGAUGAUUUGGAAGAUGCAUCCGAUGAUUUGGAAGAUGCAUCCGAUGAUGGACCUGAGGUUUCCAAAGAUGAACCCGAAUAUGAAGUAGAGGAUUCCAAAGAUCCAAGAAAAGAGUUCUCUAACGAUUCCGAAGAUUUAUCUAACGAUUCCGAAGAUGCAUCUGAUGACUCCGAAGAUGCAUCUGAUGACUCCGAAGAUGCAUCUGAUGAUUCCGAAGAUGCAUCUGCCAAAGAUGCAUCUGAUGAUUCCAAAGAUGCAUCCGAUUUCGAAGAUGUAUCCAAUGAACCCAAAGAUGCACGCGAAAAUGAAUCAGACAAUUUUAAAGAUGCUCCUAACGCUACACCCGAUAUUGAAUCUCGAGAUUGGGAAGAUGACCUUGAGGAAUCAUAAGUGUAGGAAAGUCAACAAAUGUAACUGUUUAGACAAUUAUUUAAAAUAUAGUUGAAUGUCACAUUGA